AUGUCCGUCACACCCCGCCGACCAACCUCAGCGGCACACGCAGCCCGCAACGUCACCUUCUCGCCCAUCGUGGAUGGAACUAUCGAGUCCCUCGAAAAGAGGAGACGUGCUCGCGACUCCCCUGACCUCCGCCACGCCGACCCCGACAACGGCGUGGUCCACGGGAAGAACGGAUCUGUACCGAGCACGACGUCGCACCGCACGCGCCUCAUCCUCGGCAACAGCCCUGCGCGUGGCCGAACUCCCGGGGCCGGCGCGCUGCCUGUCGACGAAAGAGAGAAAGACAGCGUCUGUGAGACCACCACCACGACUCUGGAGUUUUCCCUGAAGGAUAUUCCGCUGGAUGGAAAGAUGGCGCCACCGGUGUGGCGCGAGCCGUCGCGAGGUCGCGGCAGCGCUAGUCGGCGUGCGUCCCCUGCACGUGUCGGGACGCCGGUGUCAGUGCGGCGGUCAACCCCUUCCCAUCGCAACGGGGUCAACGACGUCGACGCCCCGGCCUCGCCGUGUCUCCGCAACCCCUACGCGGACCUCGAGUGGGACAGCGCCAAUCUGCUGCGUCGCCAACGCGUGGUGCGCACCUUCUUCGAGUCCCACGAGGAUGCGGUGCGGCUCUACAUCCGCCUUCAACAGCUGCUGGGCUUCCGCGACGUGUGCCAGCGUGAGUUCCAGCAGCGACUGCAGCGGAUGAGCUCUGAUGACGAGCGGCAGGCCGCCGCGGCUGCCCGAGCGCGACGCAUGUCGGCGCAAGAACACGAAAUUCAGCGCAUUCAAGAGGCGCUGGCGCAGGCGGACGUGUCGAGUCCGGAGUUUUCGAGCUCGAUGAACUCGCUGUACUCCGCACGAUCCGGGACGCCGCCUGCACGCUCGGCGAGGCGAGACGAGGCAGAAGAAACACGCACAGGCCCGCACAACGGCAGGGAUGGAGCCGCGGCACCUGGGCGUGCCGUGCAACGUCUUUCUGAUGGGCCGAUGGCUGCAGAGUCGUUUGGCUCCCCAAGGGCCGACCCUCGGGGUAAAACCCAUACGAGUGCAACGAAGAAUGGCGCUGCAGGCAGAGAGCGACAGCCGCCGCCACCGUCCUCUCCACGUCCCUCAACCCCACGCGACGCGUUGGAAGCGUGGCGCCGCUCUCGGUCUCUACACCCGUCCAACUUCGCGGAGUCACUUGCACUCGAAGAGACGGGUCUCACGCCCUCUCAGCGCGGCUACACGUCACGAGACAAUGGGAGGUCGUCGAACGGGGCCGUGCCGCACGCCGGCGGCACCGCAGGCAUCGGUGCGUUGACGCCGGAGGCACCGGAUACCAAAGCACGGCAGGACACGUCGCCUCCACCGCGACAGACCGCGCCGGUCGGUAUCACCAAGAACGAGGAGGCGCCGUCUUCGAAGUCGGCCCUGCGAGGAGAUGACCGCUCUCGUCCUCCUUCCUCUGCCAUCGCCGCGGGCACGAAAAACUCCACCGCAGCAGUGAAGGCGACGGCUACUGCGGAGGAGACGUCGCUGCUCACCACCGCACCGGCAGCGACGCGUUCAGCUGCCCCGCGUCAAUCGCAUGGGUCCGUUCCGGCUGCUUCGACAGCACAGGCGUCGACGUUAACACCCCAAAAUGCGGUCACAGGUCUGGUAACUCCGCCUCAAACGAACACGACAAAGCCGCACUCGACGGACUCGCCACUGGCACGGUUUCGCAGGCGACAGGGCAAUGAAGAUCCACUGGAGCAUUCCCGAGAUCGACCGCCGAGCAAUGUCACCCCGCCGCUCCCGCAGCCCUCCCUUGGCAGCACGAGCGGCCCGUCCGUUCGUAAUGGAGGGCCGCGUGCGGCGACGGAGCCCAAUCCGCUAAGCAGGGCGGGUGAGCGAAGGAAGAGAGGGGAACGUGUCGUGGUGCCGAGUCAAGACGCCGUGGUAACGGCGAAGAGGGAAUCCGUGGGUCCUGACGCAUCCCUGCAACUGGAUCCAGAGAAAACGGCGACUGCGCCAAAAGACAUGGCGACACCGGCGAGGCGUCUUCUCGGCGCUGCAUCGACUGCCCGCGCAGGUUCUGGCCAGACACCGCACAUCGUUGGAGGCGCAAAGCACACCCCGGUGCAGUCCUCUGCAACAGGGAACGAAUCCCAAACCCCACCAACGCAGCCCCGCAGCUCCCUCUUCAUUCCAGAUGGUCCCGAUAAGAUCUCACCUUCGACACGUCUCGCUUCAGCUGGAGACACAGCAGAAAGUAGAGCACCGUCAGCUUUCAAGUCUGCCGCUGCCGUGGGCAUUCAGUCGUGGUCCCCUGCAGACCCACCGAUGCCGAAUAUAGAUGAUAAUAGCAACCAAAACGGUGUGCCUUCCGGCCUCGUGUCCUCCGCGAGGGCGUCCCAAUCUCCAUCUGCACCACAGCGGCGUAGUCCACCUGGAAAAGAAAAUGCACGGAGCUCGCCGUACUCCCCAGCGCGCGGCCCUGUGGAACACGCCGCCCGCACCCGUCCGCCGGCUGACACCUCCGUCAACGAUGCGCUUGCGGCACUGGAGCGCCGCGUUGGUGGGCUGGAGGGCCGCACGGCGGAGUUGGAGCGCAACGCGACGAAGCGGGCCGUGCUGGAGGCGAUCCGGCGCUUGCGCGAGCGUGUGACAUUGCUGGAGGAGCGCACUUCCAUUCUCGAGCGUGGUGACGAUGUAGAGCCUUCGUCGAGCCAUCUACAAUGGUGA